UUGGUGUUAUUUUGGUCAAAUGAAAAUAGGAAUUGGUGUCCCACAAAAGCAGCUCUGCUAUUUAUUUAUUUUUAUUUUUUAAACUUUCUUAUCCUUCUUACAGGUAACAUGUUUGUGGUUAGCCUGGCCUUUGCUGACUUGGUGGUGGCUUUUUACCCAUACCCACUGGUCCUGUAUGCACUGUUCCAUGAUGGAUGGUCGCUGGGGGACACACAAUGCCAAGUGAGUGGCUUCCUAAUGGGCCUGAGUGUAAUCGGUUCAGUGUUCAACAUCACAGGCAUUGCUAUCAACCGCUACUGCUACAUUUGCCACAGCUUUGCCUAUGGGCGUCUCUAUAGCUUCCGCAACACAUUGAUACUGGUGGCACUCAUCUGGAUGCUAACUGUGCUGGCCAUCCUCCCCAACUUCUUUGUAGGCUCACUGAGCUAUGACCCCAGGGUCUACUCAUGCACAUUCACACAGACAACCAGCAGCUCAUACACAGUGGCAGUGGUGGUGGUGCACUUCCUGGUACCCAUUGCAGUGGUGACUUUCUGCUACCUCCGUAUCUGGGUGCUGGUCAUCCAGGUCCGGCGCAAAGUGAAGAUGAAGGAGCAUGGCAGGGUGCGACCCAGCGACCUGCGAAACUUUGUCACCAUGUUUGUGGUGUUCGUGCUGUUUGCCAUCUGCUGGGCUCCACUGAACCUUAUUGGCCUGGUGGUGGCUAUGGACCCAGAAGUAAUGGCCCCUCGUAUCCCUGAGUGGCUGUUUGUGGUCAGCUAUUUUAUGGCCUACUUCAACAGCUGCCUCAAUGCCAUCAUCUAUGGGCUGCUCAACCGGAAUUUUCGUAAGGAGUACAAGCGUAUUGUAACAUCGGUGUGGAUACCACAGUGGUUUGUAUCGGAAACAUCUAGAGUUGCCACAGAUGGCAUGCGAACCAAACCCUCACCAGCCAUUAACAAUGAAUGAAUACGACACACAGACUCACUUUUCUCUCUUGCCUCAAAUGGGAAAUAAAGUUUAGAGAAAGGCUCACUUCAAGCCCAAUUUUUUUAAUGAGCAUGUCAUCACCUGUCAUUUGUGAAAUUUGUUCAUGUCUUUUUACACAGCUCAGGGUGCUUGUUUUCUUUUUGCCACUGUGGAAAUAUCAGUUUCUAAGCACUGUUAUUUUUUUUCAUCGUUUACGCUGAAACUAAGUAAAUUCUACAUGGUUUGUUUUAACACAAUUUCUGCUGGUGACAUAAAAGAAUUUUGUCUCAUGCAUUUAUUAAAGAUGUUUUGGCACAUUUUU